GCUUGGGGAGCAAUCAGUUUCCAUUAUGCUUAACGGGGAAGAAUCCGAAUUAACUUUCGCAAACGUCACAAAUCCUAUAAAGGAAAUCGAUAAAUUUCAUCCACCGGACGCGUUUAUCGUCCUGUAUUCGGUCGUCGACAAGGCCAGUUACCUAAAGGCAGAAGCCGAACUUACGAGACUUCAAGAUGCGGACCUUUUAAGGGCAAGACCGGCGAUUCUGGUGGCUAACAAGAUUGAUUUGGCUCGUAGUCGUGCUGUUUCCACUCAAGAUGGCAAAUGCCUAGCCUGCACAUACCGGGCGAAGUUCAUAGAAAUCUCCGUAGGAAUCAACCACAACGUAGACGAGCUUCUCGUAGGAAUUUUAACUCAAAUUAGAUUGAAAAGUUUUCACUACGACGAUCGCGAUCACCACCAACAGCAGUGGUACAAAAGCAGAGGUGUCGUCAGGGCGAGUAUGAAGGCGCGCCAAAUGUUCACCUGGUUAUUCGGCAAAGAAGAUUCGAAAUUCAAAAAUUGCGAAAAUUUACAUAUCCUAUAGCCUCGUUAGAUACCCCUACGUCCCUCGUGCUUAUAACUUUUCUCUUCAACCUUCGCAAAGAGAUAAUUGGACUGAACAAAUAUAAUCAAAACUGAGGCCUAUAAAAUAUUCAUCUUUCUUCUUUCUCUUGUACAAAAAUGACCAAAAUUUCUAAUAAGUAAAAGUAGCUUAUAUAGUAAAUACCGGGUACGGUAUUCUCAAAUGUUUAACAGGGAAUUAUGUCAAAAAAAGGUAGGUAAUGUUAGUAUUAGAAUUGUUAUAAUUUUGUAGUAUAUGUAAGUCACGUUUCUUUUUUUUUGUAUUUGUGUGUAUGUUUUUCAUUUGUGUCAUAAGUGUAAUUUAAACAAAGUCGACGUUUUAUGCAUGUUUAUAUGUACAAAACUGGAUCUGUUGUUUUAUAUAUAAAUAGGUAUAAUUGUUAAUAUAUAGUAUUUUAUUUGUAUUCCCCAUUUACAUCGACUUCUUCCUCUCUU